UGAAGGGGGGUGCCCCAAUUAUUUUUCUCAUGGCCUCGACUUUUGUUCCGUCAAGGCUUCCACCAGUGGGGAAAGCGAAGCACGGGAAGAAGAGCGGAAGCAGCGGAGCGUCCGUGCAAGCUCACUCGGUCUUGCGUCGACACCUCGCUCACCUUCGCGCAGAUCGAGACACGCCCACCUUUGGCCAAGCGUCGGGGGUCGCCACCGCGAGCUUUAAAUUUUUAUUUACAGCCCCGGACAACUCCACUCGUCCUCGACGUAUUUCCUUCGCACUUCAAAAGGAAAAGGGCGAAGAGAGCGACACGUGCUUGACAACCACCGGCCGGUCGCGAGAUCUUUAGCAACAGUGGCCCAACGCCCCGAGCCCACAGCCAUGCUGAACCACCGCGGGGAGCGGAUCAUGCCGCUGCCGUACCGCCCCAUGCCCAAGAGUAAGGCCAAGACGCGCAAGCUCUCGGUCAUGGAGGGCGAGUACGAGCACGUGCACCUGACCAAGAAGCAGCGCAGCGAGUACAACCUCGAGCCUGAGCUGGAACCCGCCGUUUUGGCCAUGCAUCGCCAGGAAAGCACCGAGAGGAACUCCCCUUUCGACCUGCACCUACAAGCCGUAUACGAGGGGAACGCAGAGGACGGACUGCAGUUCUUCGAGUCGCACGGCUACUACGACAUCAGCGACGCCAACACGGUGGAGAUGUUCCGCCAGAACUUCGGCCUUGGGGAGGGAUUCUGGCUGGGAAGAGAGGAAGAAGAGGAGGAUUUGGUCUUCGACACUCCCAUCCCUGCCGUCUACCCCUUUGGCUCUCAGCAGCAGAUCCUGAGCUCCAGGAACCUGCUGCACCGUGAACGCACGAACUCUGGCAGGUUCACGUUACUGGACGACGACGGCAACGAGGUGGACGAACACACACUCUGGGAACUGGAGCGUGAGGACAGACUCAAAGCCAAGAGCCUGGAACUCGACGACGACGACCUCGCUGAGCUUGCCAAUGAUGAAGUCAUUAUGGUGCAAGCGAUCACAUUCAUUCGCUCCGAGAAGAUCCAGUUGCAACAGUUCUUCUUGCAGGCCUUUCAGGAGGAGCAAGCCCGAACAGCUCACAUCCCUGGCCCUGUAUUGAGGCAACCACAGCGGACAGAACUACCGCCGCCCAUGCCUCCUGCAGAUCUGGAACUACCGCCCUACUGUGGCUAUGUGAACUUGUUGAAGGACACGAUCCCCUUCUUGAUGCGUAGCUGGCACAAACGCUGGUUCUACCUGGACUUCCAGGCCGGUGUAGUGCUCAUGUACAAGCGCAGCUACUGGAAGAGUCCGCGUGGAGUCAUUGACUUGCGCAACGUGGCUCACAUUGAAAAGAUGAGCCAGGGAGACUUCCGCAUUGAGUUCCACGACACUGGAGCUGACGCUCCGGCGAUGAUGCUCAUGCGCUCCAAGACGCCCGAAGAAGCGGAGCUGUGGGUGAAUUUGAUGCGUUUUGCCAAGCAGGCGUCGCGUGGUGCACCGCGUCUGACGAACACCAUCAUGGACAACACUAAAGCGCUAAUGAAGAAGGCUAACAAGAAGAACCAGGUGGAUAUCUUGGCACAGCUGUUGCAAAACUCAGCUAACAAUGCGCCGUCGAGCAACCUCCGAGCAAUCGCUCAGGCCUCGGCAGUAGCAGCAUCUGCUGUCUCCAGACGCAAUAGCAAACCCAACAGACACCACAAUGCGCUCACGGCAUAGGAUCGCACACACACACAUGGUGGGAAGUCACAUCAGAUGACCAAGACGAGAAAAAACACAAGACAAGUGAAAACUGUCAAAAGAGUUUAAAACCUCUUUUGUCCAGAAAAAAAAACACACACACUCAAGCGCGCAGGAGCUCUCUAUCUAUUUCCCGUUCCAAGUGUACAAGAGCUUCCAGCGUUCUGCCUCGACAUGUUCAUAGCCAACCCAUUCCCCCACCACACAACCAACUCGACGAGCCCAAUUAGGCGGCGCGUAUCUCGUUCCGCUUUAUCGGACUCUUGUCAUCUUUGCAGAAACAAGGGAAAAAUACAAUAUUUUCUGUAGCUGUAAGAAAA